AUUAUGCCGUUGCUUUCUUUUUUCAAGUUCUCUUCUUUUCAUUAAAACACAACACAUCUGCCCUGCACUGCACUGCACUGCACUGCUCUGGCCCUGAAACCCCAACUCUGAACUCACUCUACUGUACUUGUGAUCUCAACAAGAUUUUUAAGAUUUUCUCAAUCACUGCUGCUACUUAAUUCUGUCUGCAUUCAAUUAUAUUCUUUGAUUUGCUUUCCCUUAGUCUCUCUCUUUGAAAUCUUAAAUAUUUUAUUUUUUCUUUCAAAAACCUUUCCUCUUGUUUUCUCUCUAUAUAUCUAUGCUCCAAAACAUCGUGUAUGUUUGUUUUGUGAGAAAAUAUUGAAGAAAAGAAGGCAAAGUUUGAGUCUUUUCAAGUGAUCACUGAUGGGGUUUGUCAAGUGUGGGGUGGCUUUUGUCUUGGUGGUGGCUUUCAUGGCUUCCUUUUCUGUUUCUUAUACUAACCCUUUUGAUGUCAUAGCAAUGAAUAGCUUGUAUGUUAGCAUGGAAUAUCCGAAUUUGAUUGGAUGGAUUGCCUUGGGAGGAGACCCAUGUUUAGAUGGAUGGCAAGGAGUUAGUUGUGUUCUCUCAAACAUAACAUCGUUAAAACUAAAUGGCUUGAAUUUAGGUGGAACCUUGAACAGCGAUUUCGGUUUAUUUACAUCAAUCGUAGAAAUAGAUAUUAGUGACAAUCAUAUUGGAGGGGAUAUUCCAUUGUCGUUGCCCUCUACCAUGAGGAACUUUUCUCUUGCUCGUAAUCAAUUCAGUGGAAGAAUUCCAGAUACUUUAUACUCAUUAACUCAACUGUUAGACUUAUCUUUUCACAAUAACCAGCUAACUGGAGAAAUACCAGAUGUCUUUCCAGAGAUGACAAGUUUGAUAAAUUUGGAUCUUUCUGGUAAUAAUUUGAGUGGUCAGCUGCCUCCUUCAAUGGGAAUUUUAUCAUCUCUCACCACACUGCAUUUGCAGAACAAUAGACUUACUGGGACCCUUGAUGUCGUACAGGAUCUCCCCCUCGAGUAUCUGAAUGUGGAGAACAAUCUAUUUUCUGGGCCUAUACCUGAGAAACUGCUGGGUAUUCCAAAUUUCAGAAAAGAUGGAAAUCCAUUCAAUACAUCUAUUAUUCUUUCUCCACCACCUGCCCUCUCUCCGUUUCCAGGCAGCUUGCCUGCUGCAGAAGCACCUUGGAAGCAGGCAAAUGGGACUUCUGCCUCAGAAACACCAAAGUAUGAAAGAUCUAAAGGAUUUUUUACAUCUAACAGGGUCGUUUGGAUUGCUGUUACUGGGGUAGUUGUUAUUAUCAUACUGGGAUCAUGUCUUUUAAUAUCAACAUGCUAUAGAGGAAGGAAAGAAAGUAUAGACAUUGAGAGGCAUGAUGUUGGCACAUAUAAGAGCCGUAUAGAUGAGCCCAACAGUAAAUCUUCAUUCGAACGAAACAAUCAAGAGAAAGUUACCAAAGAAUCAAUUGCAAAGCUGCAAGAUCAAUAUGGACCAGAUAACAGAAGGCAGGAAGCAUAUCCAAAGGCACAGGGUGAACAGGAUAUGGAUUUGAAGAGAAUGGCUGCAUAUUCAAAGAAAAAGAUGGAUCAAGGGAUAAUUAUGACGGGUGUGGUUGCAAAUUUUAUGCCACUGCCAGCACCUCCCUCUAGUGUUCCUACUGACAAUAUCAUUGCAAAUCCAAUUGGGCAUACAUCACAUAAAAAGAGUCAUUCGACUGAGACUUUGAGCUCAUAUUCUGUAAAGAUCUUCACAAUUGCAACACUUCAGAAGUACACAAGCAGCUUUUCAGAAGAAAAUUUUGUUGGUGAAGGCACACUUGGCAGUGUUUACAGGGCUGAGCUUCCUGGUGGAAAACUACUGGCAGUCAAGAAGCUAAACGGUGCAGCUUCCAAGCAACAGACUGAUGAGGAAUUUCUUCAACUAGUUUCUAGUAUAUCUAAACUUCAACACGAUAACAUCUUGGAGUUUGUGGGAUACUGUAAUGAGCAUGGGCAACGGCUACUUGUUUAUAAGUAUUGCGAAAAUGGGACACUGUAUGAUGCAUUGCAUGCAGAUGAGGAAAUCCAUAGGAAACUAACAUGGAAUGCACGCAUCCGGCUGGCACUAGGAGCUGCUAGAGCCCUCCAGUAUCUGCAUGAGGUUUGCCAACCACCUAUCGUGCACUGGAAUUUUAAAUCUUCCAACAUUCUCCUAGAUGAUAAGCUUGUAGCACGUGUCUCAGACUGUGGUCUGUCUCCUCUGAAAUCAUCUGGCUCUGCAACCGAGUUAUCAGGGCGCUUCCUGACUUCUCAUGGUUACGGGGCUCCUGAGCUUGAGUUGGGAAGUUAUACUUGCAGUAGUGAUGUAUAUAGCUUUGGCGUUGUGAUGCUAGAGCUACUCACUGGGAGAAAAUCCUAUGACAGGUCACUGAGUCGAGGGGAGCAAUCUCUGGUUAGAUGGGCAAUUCACCAGCUUCAUGAUAUAGAUGCACUUUCUAGGAUGGUCGACCCCUCUCUACAUGGAGCAUAUCCUGUGAAGUCUUUAUCACGUUUUGCUGAUAUAAUAUCUAGAUGUAUACAGGGGGAGCCCGAAUUCAGGCCUCCUGUAUCUGAAAUUGUCCAGGAUCUCUUACAUAUGUUAUAGAAGAGGACCUCGAGAAAAUGGGUAGACCAGGUGUGGGGGGUUAAGAUUUUUGUAAGGUGGGAUUGCUUUAGAUGACUAUUUAUAAUGUAAAGCAGAUGCAUGUUGUCUUUCAUAUGCUAUAGAUCUACCUGGGAAGAAUUUUUGGAGGUAACUAAGCUACCAUUUUCUUCCUAGGGUUUCUCUGUGUUUGUAUAGUUAUUGGAUAGGUGUUCGAAUAUUGUCAUUAUCAAUAUUUUGUGUGAAUAUUUAUUUCUAAUGUAAUCACAAUUUGAUUUCUUGAUUAUUUAACAA